AUGUGGAACAAUUGGACUGUAGAGCUCAGCCUGGAGCGGUAGACCCUUUAAACAUUCAGAUAAUAAAAAAAGUACUAAUAAACAUUUUCUUACGACUUUGGAUGAGACGGGUGAUUUGGCGUGCUUGGGAAAAUUUUGGAAGAAAUUUAAUGAUAAGAAAUAAAAACAUGGUAGUGGAAUAAUGAUUUAGACCGGAUUAUAUUGGGUUAAAUUCUCCAUUGAGAAAUAACGAUGAAAACCUAAAGUAUUGAUAAAAAAAAUUAUUCUUUUCAUUUGAUCUCUAAGUUAAAGAAAACGUUUCCUACCAAGUUCCUUAGAAAGAGAGUUAUAUACAUUCUAUAUUUGGCGAGAAACCAUGAAAAGCAUCUCCUAGGUUUUUCGUAUUAGCACCCAAUCUUUACCUUAAAUUCUUGAAUUAAAUGAAAAUGAUCUUAUAGAUAUUGAAAUAUGGUUCAAUUGGGGCUUGAGGGUAGUAAAAUUCAAAACGAAGGUAACCAAGAAAAUCUCGAAUUGUUUUAGAUAUUACAGAUUAAAAAUGAUAUUUUCUCAGUUUAUUUAAGCUAAAAAUCAGGAGUUGAUUCUAUAGAGGAAACUACCAUCAUAAAACCAUUUAGUUUGUUAUUGAAUAUGCAUAAACCUUUUUCUAAAAAAUUCUAUAAAUGAAACAUAAGGAGAAUCAAUUUUAAAGAAAUAAAAAUUAAUUAAAAAAAUAGUUAUAUCUUCAUAAUUUAUCUUGAUAAUUUUUUAAAUGAUUAUUUUUUAAAAAAUUUAUGUAAAAUAAAAUUAUUACACCAAAUUCAUAGAAAGGAAAAUUAAUCCAAGGAGACAUUAUAUCUAUUAAAAUAAGUUUACAAGUCUAUUAAGAGUCAUGAUACUUUUGUAAAGAGCCUUAUUGAUUCAAUUAAGGUAGCAUGAGAAACCAAAAGAGAGGUGGGCAUGAUUUUAUAUUCUACAUUUUUGGCUUCCUAAUAGUUGUUUUUUUUACUAUAGUUACAAAUCUUGCCAUGUGUUGUCAUAUUCUUUUCUAAACUUAAGCUUAAUGAAUUGUCAACUAAUAUUGUAAACUUCAUCACAAAUUGAAAUAUUUUAUUCUUUUGUGGUGAUGAUUUCAUUGUGAAUCUAUUUCAAAUAUGAUUUCAUUGUGAAUCUAUUUUAACAUGGUAGUGACUUUCCUACAGAUCGUCGGUGAAGGAUUAAGCCACUAGAAUCACUAGAUCAUGGACGAAAAUCUCAUCAACACGAUUUGCGGAGCAUUGUUACUAAAAAUGCUGAACGAUUCAUGAUAAAAGGAUCGCGAAUCUAUCGAGUAAAGCUUCUCCGAUUGAUCGACGAACAAGCCGUCGUCGAGAAGAGGACGAUCCACUGGGAGAUGAGUCGCCACCUCUUGAGAGCGUACUGACGUGACUCAGUCGUUGUAUAUUAAAUCACGCAAAUCUAAAAUUUAUAAAACUAGAAAAUACGAAUUUCCGGAUAUUUAGAAGUAUUUAUAAAUAAAUAUAUCAAUUAUAAUUCAAUAAAAGUUCCAAAAAUAGCGGUAAUUUCCCAGGUCGAUCACAGGGAUGUAAUAUAAUAUUUUGUAAUUAUUUAGAGUUUUUCUCAAUGAAUACGAUUUUCUAUGAAUUUUAUACUAGGAAAUGAAAAGGAAAUAUAUUUAAAAUUCACGAAAAAAAAAGAGGAAAUAAGGGUGCGGACGACAGGAUGACGUCAGCGCCCGGCGAACGCGAAUCGGGCGGAAACAGAGUUCCGCCCGGCGAUUCUUACGUAAGCGAUUACAGACGAUUUAAUUAAUCAAAUUAAGAUCUGUAAAAGCCGGAAGAAUCGUAAUUGAACGAAGUAUAGUUUGGUAAAUUAAAAUCACACAAAGUAUCACUAAAUAAAGCGUAAAUUAAAUUGAAAGCAGGAAACCAGAGUUCCGGCGUCGCGAUGGCGAUGCGUCAGCGAUGCACCGGAAUCCUGAGCGUUCGGGAGGAUCGUCAUGCAGUGUCCACGGCCUCGAAGGCUCUCCUUGGACAAAGACGACGUGGGCAAUCUCUAGAUCUUCUCGCGAAGUCUAGAGAUCAAUGAAGUGGGUCGUCGAGUCGUCUCCGGCGGCUGUCACCCGGCGGAGCGGAAAAACGGCGACUUUGCGGCUCUCCGGCGGCUGUCACCCGACGGAGAGGAGCUGGAUGGAGGUGGGGCGCGUGUCAGGGAGCUUCAUCCUCAGGUCCGCGCAGCAAGGGGAGGCUCUUCAUCGCAUCUGGUACGCUCUCAGGAGGUGGCGACUCGUCUCCCGGCGGAUCGUCCUCUUCCCGACGACGGCUUGUUCGUCGAUCAAUCGGAGAUGA